AUGAGAAAGUCGUCCCAGCAAAAAACCGCCAGGCAUCAACGAUCGUCAGGUAAGGGAGACUGGAUCCGAUUUAUUAGAGCGCCGCCAUUUUCGAACUAAGAUGAAAGUGAAGGUCAAACGUGAGUACUUUAGAAUUUCUUGCUGUAAAAUUCACACAUUAUUGAUUAUUUAUCCCUUUUUUAUAUGUUAUGUAUUUAAGAAAAAAAUUAAUUUUCUCUCUAACGUUAAUUUCUCUAUUUAUUACUCGCAACGUAUUGUUGGACCUUACAAUGACUACAAUCUACUGCUGCAUCUACGUACUCCAAAGAGUAAGCACGAUCAAUUUCUUAUUAACCUCAUUUGGAUACUAAAUAUUUGGGUAAGAUUUCCGUAUAACCCAAAACAUUCACCAUGCAUGCAGUAAUUUCAUACUUUUUCUCACAAAUAGUUUAAUAUGAAUAGAGUCGAAACGUGUACAUUGUAUGUAUAUUAAUGUAUGAGGUUAUACAGAGAUCUUACUAGUACCAGUACUUUGUACUUGACCACUGAGAAGAUAGUAGUUAAAGGAAACCCCUUUACUUUAAUGAUAUACUCGUAAAACAGUAUACACCACAGUAGGAGAACUAGUUAACAUAACUACUUACUUUAAGAAUGAUGAUCUAUUUCUCUUGUAUAGUUUUGCACCUGUUAAUGUUAGGCCCCAGGGUAGGGCAGGGACCUGAGAGGGGCAGGCAGACCCAGGGUGAUGUGACAUUUUCAGUGAAAUCAAGACCUUUCAAAAGUCAAAUUCUCACCACAUAUGACCUCUUCUGCCAUAAUGUGGGGGCUCUCCAGAAAAAUUCUAGUACUUUUUGUUUCCAGUUUGUUCCUGGCUUUGGGGGAGGGGGAGUAGCAGUCCCUUAUUUGGCCUUAAUAGGGCUGCUGAACAGGUCAUGGUUUUCAGGGUUUUGAGUCUUGAAUAAGGUGUCUUUUUGGAACAAGAGCCUAUCAAAGAGUAUAAUUUUGUGAUCCCAUUUUGUAAACCAGAAUGCUUUGUAUGUACACCUGGCCUAGCUAAUCGAACAAAACUGAACCAAAAAUCAAUUGAGCUUAAUCGAACCCAGUCGGUCGGAUUGUUGUUUGAUUGGUUCAGUAAUUGAAAAUAAUUGAGCUGGAACUUUUCGGUGAGUUCAAUCAAUCAAACUUGAGUAUUUGAUUAUCGAAUGCAAUCGAACCAAUCAAACUAAAUCAACGUGUUCAAUGUUGUUCAAUAUUGGUUGGCAGGAUUUCCCUCUCAGGUGGGCAUGAAAACAUAGACACUUUUCAGUUGACUAAAAUCUUUAUUGUUAAAGUAAUCAAGAAAUUCACAGUUAAUGCUGAAAGUGCUUUAACAGCACUUCCAGUAUUAACUGUAUGCCCACUAAAAACAACGGUAGCGGGGAUAAGAAACUUACUCUUCCACUUUGACGGUCAAUGGCCAAUGCACAGGCAUCAGUUUAUGCUGUGGAGUCCAAGCUGGCGGCCGCCGCUAUUGUCAGUUACCUUAAGAGCUGGAUCCCUUUCUCCCCUUUUUUUUUCUUAUCAUCAACACCAAUGGGGAAAGAGCACUUGUGGUAGCCUUUAACCAUCCUUUAUCAGCGUCAAACUGACAAUUCUGGAAGAGACUCUUCCAGAAUUGUCAGUUUGACGCUGGGUUUUUCUGCUCUCUGAUAUCUUACCGUAUACUCUUGCUUGAAAUUGAAGCUAACCCAUAACUUAAUGUGUAGUUCCAGAUAAUAUCUAUACCCUCCACGGAGGGUAAUGGAAAUGAAGAGGGUAGGGGGUGGGGGGUGGCCUCUCGAGGUUUUUUUUUAAGGGGCUCCGAGUAAAAUUGGUGAGUUAGUAAAGACUAACAGCUGUUCUGUUGAGCAAGCUAUCAGUUAUUUUACUGUCAAUCGGUGUUUCAAUGAUCUUUUAUUUGUGGUCAGCUGAGUGCUGUACAGUACCGUAAAUGAUCCCCAUUGUAGACCGCAAGUGAUUCCAUGAAAAGUAGAGGAAUGAAAUGGAUUUUAGGCAUGGAGGGUGAAUGUGCUGAGAACUUGAACAAUGCGUAGAACAAUGAAAUGAACUAGACUAUAAAUAACUGAACUGUUUCUUUUAGCCAUUUUUUACUCCUUUCUUUCAAGCAUUUGAUGUUUCAUUGCUGUGAUAAUUUAGGACAGGAAUGACUUUAAGAAUGAAACUUAUCUUUCAUUUCAGUGUCUACGAAUAGGGAAAUGUGACCACUGUAUUUAUCACUCUGUAGAGGUUUCUGGUUUAUUUUGAAAUACACUUAGCCUCCAUUGACAUCAGUGACUUAAUGGAGGCAGUACGAAUGUACAUGACACAAGUGAUGCCACCUCUCAGAGUAAUGAACUUAAAUUACUCCCUUUCAGUAAAACACAUGUUAGAAGGCUUAUUAGAACAUGACCACAUCACAGUAAAUACCUCAAUGUGUAACAGAGAAACAGAUAGAUAACCAAGUUUGUUGAUGAGCCAACGACAAUCGUGUUACAUAAACUAAUGUGCAAGCCUUGAAAAAAGUGCACUGUAGUAAUAAUAAUUAACCAAGAAAGACCUCUACAAGGCAACAUUGAGAUUGACACUGCAUUAACAUACUGGUAAUUAAAAAGAUGUUUUCUUGCCUAAAAGUAUUUUUUUUGGGGGGGGGGGGUGGGUAUGACAAGCACCCACAUUUGUUAACCACAAUGCCCUGUUUGAAACGAGAUGAAGCUUGUUGGUGUACUGAAGCUUUCAUUUCCAGACGUUCAACUAUAUUUAAUUGCGAAAGUGUCCGACUUCCUAACGCUUGAUUGUGGUCAAUUGGCAAAAGUUUUGGGUGAGUUCAAUUGUUUGAUUACUGAACACAAUUGAAGUCAAUCGAGCAAAUUGGAGUUCAGUUGGGUUCGAUUGACUACACCGAGAUGUACAGCAGUAUGCGCUUCCAAUUAAAAAAACUUGAAAACUUGUGAAGUUACAAUGGGCUUUUUCCAACACAUCAAGGACAAGUGAUUCAUAAAAUAUUUGGCAACGUUACUUUUAAAAAUUUGCUGGUACGCUGAAUUCUCAACAAUAUAUAUACUGUAGUUAAUUUUUUAUCUCAGGUAAUUUUUUUUCCAUUGUUUUUGGUUAUGGUAUUAUAUCUGCUAAUAAAUUCGAAACAAAGGAAAAACAAAAUAUUAGCAGCAACAUGAUCCUCCUUUGCAUAGUUGGUAUACAGUCCUCUCUCUCUUAACAGACACCUAGAGUUGGUACCUUCCUUCUUUACUCCCUUUGACUCUCUAUAGGAUGGACAUAUCUCUAAGACGGACACUUAGGGCCCGUCCCAAAGGUGUCCGUCUUACAGAGAGUUGUCUUAGCUGGUUUGAGUGAGAGGUGUUAAUUUUUGGCCAGUGGGAUUUCCAUUACUGCCAUCAUCUUAAGCUGUUUCUGAAUGAAAUUUAAAUCAGUCAUCAAGUUCUUCAUAUUUGGUCACAGCUGGCCCAAAUGGAAAAAAAAAACAUUGUUAUAGCAAACAUAUUUUUGCCAGUCCUUUGACCUCAUUGUAUCGAGUUUCCACAGUAUUUAGUCAAGAAUUAUGUUAGUGGUUACCUUACUUUGCUUGCACGCUUGCACCAUUAUAGCAAUUACAGUUGCUUAAUAAUUUUUAUACUUUUAUCAUGAUUUCAUCCCAGGGAAACUUUUUUGUACCCUGCAGAGUAUACUUUGUUAAUGAUAUAUGAAAUGUAUAUGAAAUAAAAGUAUACUUUGUUGGUUGAUGUUGGGACCCCAAUCAAAAGCAGUCAUUCCCUGACACUGGUAAUGGAUGUGACAUGCUCAAUUUUUAUUCCUUGCAAUGAGUGUAACCAGUGGAACAUUUUCCCCACCCAUGUCUUACAUACGAUGUUCUGAUCUUUCAGGUGGAUAGGAGUAGCCACAUGGCGCUGGGUAGCUAAUGAUGAAAAUUGUGGUAUCUGUCGUAUGGCAUUUGACGGCUGUUGCCCAGACUGUAAAAUUCCAGGAGAUGACUGCCCUUUAGGUAAAUAUCUCAACUGCAAAAACUUGUAUGAAAGACAUACAGUGGAACCUCAGUUUUUUUAACUGCCUUGGAAAUAACAAACUCAUUCCAAUUAUCGGGAGGUUUGAAAAAUCGGGCUAAAAUGACAGUGUUUGACUGGUGAAUAGAAGUUACGUGUGGUUUGAAUUAUCAAGAAUUUUGAAAAAUGGCGGGUUCAAGACAUCAGGAUUCUACUGUAAUGUAUGUAGUUACUGUUGGAAAUUCCUUCUGAUAUUAGGUUAUCCUUUGUGGUGCAGAGAAAUAAAUAAAAUAAGUUACACCUACCAAGACAAUGUUGGUGCUCUCUUUCAGUUUGGGGACGGUGUUCUCAUGUGUUUCAUAUGCACUGUAUUCUCAAGUGGCUCAACUCCCAACUGCACCAACAGCUAUGCCCUAUGUGCAGGCAAGAGUGGCAAUUCAAGGAAUAACAACACGAAAAAAGUGGUGUAGUUUUGGAACAAGUGUAACCUCUUGAUGUUAACAGAGGAUGUACAGACUACAACAAAAAAGAUGUUGCUUUCUGGAAAUAAUGACCCCAAACAAAUCAAUGCAUGUGUGUGCCGUCUUGCAAUAGUUUGCUAUUCUAGGAUUGGUCAAGAAGAUGAAGAAAACCUUAAUCUGUAAUUAUUUUUUCCGGCUACUGCAGCAGUACAUAUCUUUGACAGUUUUCACCCCUUCUAUGAGUUAGGUACAGGUGUGCAAGGGGGUAAAUCCCCAACCUUCCGUUCUUCCCCAGGGGAUCUCUGUCUGGUGGCAAAUUUAAUAAAGUGUCAGGUAUAACUGGCUUGUUGGACAGUGGUUCAAUUUCACCACACCUUGGAAAAUUCAAGGUGCGUUUUUAAAGUUACACCAAGAAUGCACCAGAUUGUAGAUAUAAAGUCAGAUAUCAUUGCUGUGAAUAAUGUAGAGCAACAUGUAGAUAAUUUAUCACCAAUUCAUUGUAAAUUACUCAGGUUUAUUUCAAAGAUUACAAUCUGUAAAAUCCUUACAGUGGCUACCUAAG